AUGGCUUCCGUGACCGUCGAGAGCGCCUCGCCGAUUGGCAUCGCCAAUCUUCCUAACCAGCGGCACAAGAUCGUGGCCAAGAGAGGAGCUGCCUUUACCAUCAUGGUUGCCGGCGAGUCUGGCCUGGGCAAGACCACCUUUAUCAACACCCUGUUCUCGACCACCAUCAAGAACUAUGCCGACCACAAGCGGCGCCACCAGAAGCAGGUCGACAAGACGGUCGAGAUCGAGAUCACCAAGGCCGAGCUGGAGGAGAAGUUCUUCAAGGUCCGUCUGACCGUUAUUGACACGCCCGGCUUCGGCGACUACGUCAACAACCGGGACUCGUGGAUGCCCAUUAUCGAGUUCCUCGACGACCAGCACGAGUCGUACAUGCUCCAGGAGCAGCAGCCCCGCCGCCAGGACAAGAUUGACCUGCGUGUCCAUGCUUGCCUGUACUUCAUCCGCCCCACCGGCCACACCUUGAAGCCUCUGGACAUUGAGGUCAUGAAGCGACUCUGCUCGCGAGUCAACCUGAUCCCCGUCAUCGCCAAGGCCGACACGCUCAGCCCGGCCGACCUGGCCCGGUUCAAGGAGAAGAUCCAAGCCGUCAUCGAGGCCCAGGGCAUCAAGAUCUACCAGCCGCCCGUCGAGGAGGACGAUGAGGCGGCGGCGCAGCACGCCCGCAGCCUGAUGGCUGCCAUGCCCUUUGCGGUUAUCGGCUCAGAGAAGGACGUGAAGACGGGUGACGGCCGCAUCGUCAAGGGCCGGCAGUACUCGUGGGGUGUUGCCGAAGUCGAGAACGAGGACCACUGCGACUUUAAGAAGCUUCGGUCCAUCCUGAUCCGCACUCACAUGCUGGAUCUGAUCCACACAACCGAAGAGCUGCACUACGAAGCCUACCGCGCACAGCAGAUGGAGACGCGCAAGUUCGGCGAGGCCCGUCCCCGCAAGCUGGACAACCCCAAGUUCAAGGAGGAGGAGGAGACCCUGCGCAAGCGUUUUACCGAACAGGUCAAGAUCGAGGAGCAGCGGUUCCGGCAAUGGGAGCAGAAGCUUAUCGCAGAGCGCGAUCGCCUUAACAAGGAUCUCGAGCAGACCCAUGCCCAGAUCAAGCAACUGGAAGCAGAGCUUGACUCGUUGCAGGGCCCUGCUAUUCGCAGCCACGGCCGUCGUUAA